AAAAUAAGACGACGAAUAAAAGGUAACUGGGAGUUGGCCAUCUACGUGACAAUUUGUAGUUAAUGUUUAAUUAACUGAAGACAAGCUCUUUGAAGAUUAAGCAAAUAAUUCCAGCUGUGCUUCAACUUCAGAAUACCCGUCCACAUCACAUACAUGUGUCGGGAGGCUUUGAAGAAUGAGGCAUAACACAAUAGAUGCUAUUCUCAUUUAAUGACAUGUAAAUGAGUGGCCGGGUAUUCUGAAGUUUAGCCGUGCUUUUUCGCAGGACUACGCAGUGCGUGGGUAAUAAACCUAUACCUUCAGCUUCACGAUGCGCACAGCUGCGAGAUUUUCUUUACUCGUUUUAAUAGUAACCAUAGUAUGUCUACUGGGAGUUGCAGUGUUUCAAAUCGACCCAAUUCUGCCGUUUUCUGCAAAAUAUCGUUACGAGAGUAUGGAAGUUGAUAGACCGUUUUAUGCAAAUCGAACUGGAAAACACUGCUACGAGAACUACGAGAAGAAAUAUGAUUGGGGUGAGAUGUGCCCGAGGUUAUACACUGAACUUGGUGGAAAAUGUGACAUGAUAGAUGGUCAACUUCAAUGCCCUGAUAUACGUAAUUAUUCCAAAGUUUUGUAUCGACAAGGACAACUUGUCAUGACAAGAAUGAUGCGCAUUUUCGACCUUCUCGCUCAAAAGUAUGAUAUAUUUUACUGGAUUACACGAGGUACUCUACUUGGUGCAGCAAGACAUCAAGGAUUUAUACCUUGGGAUGUAGAUAGUGAUAUUGAAAUGCCGUUAGAUGACUAUGUCAAAUUCUUUCAAGUUGCAGCGAAGGAUUUACCACCUGACAUUUUCUUUCAGAAUUCACUUACCGAUCCCGCGUUUCCGAACAACUCUCGUGGUUUUCACAAACAUGAACUAGUUGGUUUAUACGAAGCAACAUGGAACCCAAGACUGAGAGAUAGAAAUAGCUGUUAUAAAUAUUGUAUUGCACACGGUUGCAAUUGGCACGAUGGCCUCAUGAUUGACAUCUUCGUCCAUCCCCAUGUGUCAAGAUAUGUCUACCCUUUGAAGAGGUUACCAUUUGAAGGUUUUACACUUUCAGUACAGAACAACUGGAAAGAUGAAUUAGUUUCUCAAUUUGGCAAAAACUGGUUUGAAUUUCCAAGAGAUGGAACUCCACAUGAACAUCCAGAUGUAUUUAAUGGUUGCGAGAAGCUAAAAAACUGAGUAAGACACUUUUUGUUUGGCCGACCAUGCAGAUUGAGUCAUCCAUAUUGACAUAUGGAGUUUUUUUUAUUAAAUGCAGUGUGGGAGGGUGUAAAUUGUAUAAAUCAGUAUUAUGUAUUCAUAAUAUUUACUAAUUCAAUUUUUCAUACCCCUGACAAUUCAUGGAUAGAUAUUCCAAGUUACGUAUGAUGUUUGAAUACAAAGGAUAGUAAUGUACUGAAUAUAGUGAAAGAGACCAUUGUAUUA